AUGAAUCCAAACGACGACGAUGACGAUGGGGUCAUUGUCGAUUCAUCAACGAAAAAACCCGAUGAAGUUUCAUUAUCAAAUAAAAUAAUUUUUAUUGUUAUUUGUGCAUGUAAUAUGAUUCAAAAUGCAAUUGUUGGCGGUUCUAAUAAUGCCAUAAUGACAACACUUGAAUCAGGCUUUUAUAUGACAUCGACAGAAACAGGUCUAUUUCAAUCUGUCUAUGAACUUGUGGCAAUAUUUACUUAUCCACUUGUCGGCUAUUUUGGCGAUCGAAGUAGAAGAAAAACACGAUGGAUAGCUAUAUCAAUGGGUAUAUUGUCUUGUGGAUUUCUUGUUAUGUCCUUUCCACAUCUACUUGAAUCGAAACGUGGCAAGCCUCCGUUAGAACCACAUGUUGCCGAUCAUCUAACGCUAUGUAAUCCAGAACGGAAAAUAAAUGUUUGUUCAAUAUCGAGUAAUUUGAGAUUUUUAAGUCAUUUAAAAUAUGUCUUCUAUUUAUCCAAUAUAAUUAAUGCAUGCGGAUCGGCUGCUUUACCAACAUUAGCUGUUACAUUUAUUGAAGAUUUGUUUCCAGAAGAAAAAGCGCCUAUUGCUCAAGGUAUAUAUUAUGCAGUUGGUGGAAUUGGUAUUGGGCUUGGAUUUCUUGCUACAUCACAAUUUUUGAAAGUCUAUACUUAUAUUAAAAAACCGCUUUGGUUAACACCGGUCUAUUCUGAAUGGGUUGGAGCCUGGUGGUUAGUUUAUGCAUUGGGUACUUGUAUAAGCCUUAUAUUGUGUGUUACUCUUUGCCUAUUCGAUAUUGGUCGCCGUCGCAAAUAUGUAUCAUCAUCAGCACAAAAAGAAAUACAAUCAACAUUAAAUCAAACCUAUCUAUUAUUAUCAGCAUCGCCAAUGAAUCGAAAUGGUCCCACUGAAAAUAACCAUCGGAUAUCGUCACGUACAAGUUCAUCAGAAACAAAUUUAAGUUCAAGUCUUAAUGUUAUGUCCAACGAAUUAAAUGGUAAACAACAAACAACAUCUCUAGAUAUAGUCGAAGAGAAAUGUCUAACAGCAACAGCAACAACAACUACAACAUUAAAUGAUUGUAAAGAUUUUCUCUCUGAUAUUUAUUCAUUAAUGAAACAUUUACUUCUUAAUUUACGUUACAUGGGUAUUACUUGUUGCGCCAUUGUUGAAGCAUUAUUAAUCAAAGGAUAUCUUGCCUUCUUAAGUAAACAUAUUGAAUAUCAAUUUCGAACAACAUCAUCACAUUCCAGUGUUUAUAUUGGAGUUAUUUCAUUAUUUUCUGUUAUUUUUGGUACCCCAUUAGGAGCUUAUUGUGUCAAAAGGUAUGAUAUGAAUGGACGCCAAUGUGCAAAAUUUUGUUGUAUUAUUCUCGCUAUGUCAUCUGUGAUCUUUCUUGGAUUAUUACUUCAUUGUCGAGAACCGACAAUUGGUACGUCCCAUUCCAUGCCUGUCAUUUCAACUGCAUUUGAUGAUGAUUCAUUUGAUGAACUUACAGCAGAAUCCGACCGCGUAGAAAGUCCAUGCAAAAGGGAUUGCAAAUGCGAUAUGAAUAUAUAUCAACCAGUAUGCGAUGUGGCAAAUAGAGAGACUUAUCAAAAUCCAUGUUUAUUAGGAUGCAAAACAAUUCGAAAAGGAAUAUAUGCGGAUUGUUUAUGUUUACCAAACAAUAGUACGGUAAAUGUUGGUCGAUGUACAGAACGUAAAUGUGCAAUGAAUUUUCGAAUUACAUUAUGUGGCGCGUUUAUUGUUGUAUUCAUGUCUUGUUGUGUUAUCGUACCGGCAUUAAAAUGUGUAUUACAUAGUGUUGAAUUAACACAUCGAGCGUUUUCACUUGGCUUUAAAUCUACAAUGACAAAAACAUUUGGCUAUUUACCAGGAACACUUCUAUUUGGCAUAAUUAUUGAUCGAACAUGUAAAACAUGGAUACGCGAAACCUGUGGACUUAAAGAUCAAUGUAAACAUUAUAAUAACAAACGUAUGGCAAUAUCAUUAGCGCUACUUGGCUGUGGAUUUCGAAGUUUAUCGGCUCUAUUUUGUGCCAUAUCGUGGUAUGCAUAUAUUAAAAAGCCAGAUGUUGAAGAGAAAAAAAAAUCCAUUGAACAACAUUCAGAAGUAUUAGCCAUCAAUAGAACCCAUCAUGUUAAUGUUUAG